GCUGCUGGCACGAGCCUGGCGUCUCGCACCACUCACAGCUGCUCUGACUGCUGGACGUAGCAUAACGUUCCUCACAGAGAUACUUGAGAACACCACUGCGAUUAUAUUAUACGGGAAGUCGAACCAUGGAGAAUUCGUCGAAUAAGAUGAAACCAUUAGUGGCGGUCAUAUUCAUUGUUGUACUUCUGGGCGUCGUCUCCACCUUCGUGGCCAUCUUCUUAAGCACCCGUCAGCAGCCGGCGACCGCGACCAUGAACCUGUGCGAGUCGCAGUCCUGCAGAGCUUAUGCGGCCCUCUUCAAUGCUUCUAUCAACCAGGCUGUCAAACCAUGCGACAAUUUCUACGAGUACGUCUGCGGCAACUGGAAGAACUACCUCAAUCUGUCUGUGCGCGUUGACACACGCAGGAGGUUCGUCAACCUCUUGUCAGAGGAUCUACUCAGCACUCGAGUCCCGAUUCGCAACCAGAACUCUACAGAAAGAGCAGCCAAGAUGUACCAGUCUUGCCAGAAGGCUUCGACCGAGGAGGCUGAGACACUCAAGGGUCUAUUCAAGGCAGCCAGGCUUUCCUGGCCACAGAGAUCCUCAGGCGGCGAUCUUCUCUACAGCCUCAUGUACAUUUCGAAGAAUUUCGGACUUCAUGUUCUGAUUGAUUUCGGCGUCGGAGACCAUAAUGUCCUCGAGGUGAAGCCACCGAUUCUGUCCUACACAUCGUACGUCUGGAGUCCCAGAAGAUGGUGGUCCCACUUGGACCAGGAUCGAGAGAGAUACCGCCAGCUGUACGAUGAUGCUGCCAGCCAUUUUUCCAAUGGCUCGGACGACGUCCCUUUCGACGAUAUAUUCGCCGUUGUGGGCUACGCCGCACAGCACUUAAGCAGGAAAUAUAACCCCAGUCGCUAUUAUUGGUUCAUGCCACAGAUUUCAAUGAGCAAGUUUGUAAAAAUGACUCCAUCGCUCCCGGCCAAGAAGUGGCAUGAUGCAGUAAGCGCAGUAUUUGAAACUCAGGUAGCCGACGUCACGUACGUCACUGCCCUCGUGACUGGCUUCAACGCACUAGUUGAGAAAUUUGGCGCAGACAGAGUUCACGAGUACGUCGGUUGGAUUCUGAUGCAGAUCUACCCUUCUGGGCUCAUGUACCGCCUUUUUCUGAAACAUGCAAGAGACGCCACGGAACAUUUGAAGAUCGACAAGAUAUACUGCUACAACUUCGUUGAAUACGUGAUGGGUGGAACACUCGUCGCGAACUUCAUAGAAAAAAUCGAGACUCCCGAAGCUAAGGCGGAAGUCAUUGCGAUGGUCAAGAAUAUCUGGGGAGCUGCCAGAAAGGCCACGCUCAACAAAGUAAACUACACCAUCGUCGAUACCAAUCUAACUGGCUUGUUUUGGGUACGGAGCAGUUACCCCGUCAUAAGUGCGCUGAACGCAAUAUUUGUGGGCUACGCUGACGUUGGUUCCAGUUUGCCAAAGAACUGGCCACUAGCGAUACGUGGCUACAGGGUGAACGCCGCUGUUGACGUGAAGGGUCUCUUUCCGCAUGACUUUGCCAAUUAUUAUAGUGGAACGCGCUACGACACUUAUGCCCUUUCACCACCGUGGGAUGUGUUGCAGAGGCAUCUAUCGGACAGCUACCUUGUAAUUAGACCUCACCACUUCAUCAUACCGACUUACGGCUCCAACGCUACAGCUGGGCUGUUGUACGGCUCCAUAGGAUCCCUGGUUGCUAACAUGUUCGCCGAAGACUAUACCACCAUUCGGAACAUUUCAGCUGAUGCGUCAUGGACCGAAAUGAGGACGGAUUUGAAAUGUACUUCUUCUCCUCAGCAUUCUAGUCAGGGCAAUGAUACUCUUCACCGUGUUGCAAGUCAAGAUUUGCUCUGGGAGGCCUUCCGUAGUGCCCCCACGCGGGGAGACUUGAGACUCGACGGGCUUUCCGCGAUGUCGGAAGCUAUGACCUUCUUCGUGGCUCAGUGCUACCUACUCUGUGGCUCUGCCAGUUCAACUGAAGCUGUGGCUAGCUGUAACGAGCCUCUGAAGCGUAGCAUUCACUUUGCGGAAGAGUUUCACUGCCCCGUUGGUUCACCGAUGAACCCCGCAGAUAAGUGUGCCAUAUGAUAUCAUUCCGUCCGUGGUGCUGCAAUCGCGAUCCCGCCCAACUCAGAUACUGUUGUGAAUCGAUUUGCUGCGCGUUGCCACUGAAUUUAUUAAACAUGCUUAACGUAAGUUGUGAAGUACAUUCAAUGUUGUUCAGUGAUUCUGGUCUGUGCUGGGU